GACAUCUAUAGGGCUGUGCAACGGUUCGGUUCGACCCGGCCCAGACCUAACUCAUGAGAACCGUAGUCCAUUAGUGAAAAGACAUCUUAGGACCAAGAACCGGACCAUCAUUGCAUUCGGUCCAUUUGGUUCGGUUUGGUCUGAUCCAAAUAUCAGUUCGAUCCAUCAUUUCUUCAGUAAUUGCAAAAUUCAUGUAGACCAAGGACCAGACCGCAUUAUACUCGGUCUGGUCCUGGACCGGAUCAUUGCACACCCCUAGACAUCUAAAUAAGCAAGUGUCAAUAAAUUAUUUUGGUGAAAAGGGUUGAUUGUUUUAUUGACGGCCAACUAAAGGAGUUGGUCAAAACCUUUCCAUCAUCUACUUCCUAUUCGUUUCAUUUUUCACUCGCCUUCCAUACCCUUUCUUUAUGUCUUUCUUUACUUUCUUCGUCUAAUCCUAAUUAGUAUACUAUUUUUAUGUAUUCUAUUCACAAUUAUGAACAGGUCCAUAUACGACUCAUGCACAGUAUAGAGAAUUAAUAAUUGAACCAUGAACCACUAAUUUUUUCAACUCAAUGUCGAAUCCAAGUAAAAAUAAAUAUAUAUGGUUAUGUAUUAGAAAAUUGUCAUUUUCCACUAUGGUAUUUGAAGACGUGAAAUUUUAAGCGAGUUCCAGUUUGUAUUCAUUUUGCUUCUCUCUAGAGUUUUUCUUUUUCACUCGGGCUAGAAUUUUCUACAAUUAUACAUGGAAUGUUUGGCUAGGUAUCUACACAUAUAAAAUAAAUAGUUUUCAUUUUUUAUAAAAUAAUAAAUAAUAAUCAUCAUAAAUACUUCACCAUAAAAAGAAUUAAGCAUCAACUAUGCAAAUUAAAGUUCGGUAUCUAAACUUAAUAGAUCUGUAGAUUUAUAACAUAAAUUUAUUCUUUUGGUAUAUAAGUCCUCAAAAUAUUGAUGAAACAAUAUAUUUUAGUACCUGAAUUUUUUUAUGUAUUAUAUUUUGGUACCUAAAUUUUUAAACUUCUACAAAUAGGUCUAAUUUUUGUAUGUAUAAUUAAAACCAAUGUUGUCAGAACCGAACCAGAGCAUGACCCGGUAAUGCGAACGGCUUGCACUUUAGCGGUCCAACCGGCAUUAGACCAGUUAAAAACCGUUAGAGAACCGGUAUCUAAUAAACGUUAUCAGUAUAAAUAGUGGACAUUUCUUAAUCAGAGCUCAUCUCUUUCCUUCGAAAUUGUGAAAUGGAAAUAAGGAUUCAAUUUGAGAGCCCAAUGUUUUUGGUUUAUUUCAAUUUUCUACAAUUUUUUUAAUUAAAUUUAGUGGCUUAAUGGCAAAAACCGGACGAGCGGCUCGAUCGGCUCGAACGGUUAACCACCUCGGCCGCUCGCCAACCGCUACAUAAAACUGGAGAGGCUUUUAGACUGUUUCGAGCCGAUUUUAUGACCAGGUGGCGGUUUUACCGGUCGGGCCGAGCGGCUCGGCUCGGCUUUAAUAACACUGAUUAAAACACCCUCGUAUAAAUGAGUAUCCAUACCCAACUCAUACACAUUUAGAUUAUGGACGUAAAUAUCCACACCCUACCUAAACCCAUUUACAAACUUCCAAAGCCAUAUAUACGUCAUCCAUACCCUACCCAUAAUUAAUGGGUCUACUUGGUUUAGGUAAAUAUAAUUUAUUAGCCAAAUUUUUUUUUUUAAAUUGGAUGUUGAUCACCAUAUAUCUCUUCUUAGUCAAUAACAGACAAUAUCAUAUUGUAAAGUCAAUAUUACUAACAAAAAUGCUAACAAAAAAUUCAUUUUAGACUAAUAAUACUAACAAAACACUAUUACGAAUCACAUAAUACAUAUCCAUACGCAAACUUCCCCGCGCACCAAGGCGCAGCAGCGCCACCUAAUUUUUAUAUAUAUAUAUAUAUAUAUAUAUAUAUAUAAAGCAAAACCAUGUUUACUGUUAACUAAUAAUUCCCUUAGAUUGGACCUAAGUUUAUGGGCUCCUAUCAUACUUUGAUGAGCCCCUUUUUACAUUUGUGACCAAUGAAACAAAGAAUUAUAUUUAGUUUGGUUGCCCUUAAGCAUAAAGGUUUCCUAACGGGGCAACUCUCAGAAAAAAGUAAAGGAAAACCAUAGAAUAAAAUAGAAUAUAGUUUUGAGUAUUUGUAAAACCAAUUUAGCAAGUAGUAUGUUUUGAUUGGAAUACAAUUUAUUUAUGUCGAUUUAAUAAAAUAUGUAAAUAUGUAAAAAUUAUUAACAUCAAAUGAUUUUUUUAUGAAUCUGGUACUUUCAUUGUAUCGAAAAAUGGGGUGCUGAUGACGUCCUUAUCUGCUAGGAAUGAAAUCGAUCAGUUGCUAAUACAACACAAAUAACAAAGGAAACCUAAAAUCCAAACUAAGCCUAUGAUAAAAGACCAGCUGUUAGAAAACUUUAGCAUACCAGAAUUGCAUUAGAUCCCUGGGCUCCUGUACCAGCACCACAACCUCCCUCUUAACCUGAGCCACAAAUCCAGCAACAUCAUGUCCUUGCCCCCCAAAAGCUCUCUUGCAUCGCUCCCUCUCAGUAUGGCUCAACAGAGAUUUCCAUAUGAGUCUACCUGUCAAAGCACAAGAAAACUGCCCCCAAACCUCUGAAUGGCCCAAGAGAGGUUAGCUUCACAAGUCUAUGGAAUAUAAGAGUUAAAGUUUCCAACCACCAAAUGAAUUUAAUAACUUAAGGGCCAGGAAACACAAAAAUGUCUCUCUCUAGAAAAUCCUCUCUCUGUUUUCUCAAAGCACAGAUAUGGAAACCUAGAUGCAUCCUUCAAUGAAGGUGCUCUUUCUUCCUCCUUAGUUCCACUAAUGGAGAUGAUUAAUAUCUGCUGCCUCAACACAGUGAAAGAUCCCAUCAGAGAUUAUGUCUUGCUGAUUAAUGUGAGCAGAUCUCCUACUCAACAACUCAUCCAUGGAGUUAAUGUAACUUGCUCUGCUCUAUACACACAACAGCUGCCUCCCAACUACCUAGUCCUUCUUCAUCCUUCCUAUUCAAAGAUCCUGUCCUCAAACAAGUAUAGCCCCAUCAAUCUGUCAGAGAACGAAGAGAAGAGGAAGAAUUUCAACCUCUUUAAACCACCAAAAUCUAGCCAAAGAUCCCCCAGCUGCCACAAAUCUCUCGAGCCCCAAAAUCAGAUGAUAAUAACUCCUAUACUUCUAAUCUUACCAAAAGAUUCCCUACUAUCAAUGAAGGUCUGGAUGGCAAACCACUCUUCCCCGUCAGUUCUAUUUAACCUCCUGUUCCCCAACACCAGUUACCAGCUACCACACCCCCAUCCAAAACUUACCCUCUCGAGAUUUAUCCCAUCCAAAUCAGAAAAGCCUCGGCUCUUAUUCCCCCGAUGGCAAAUCCAACAAUGAAUAACUAGUUAAGCCAAGAUCUGGACUGUGGGGAUGAGGAUUAUGAGGCGAUUUUUCCCAGACGAGACCCCUCAAUCUACUGGAGGAACUCUUCUUCGCCUUGUGGGACGUAUCUUCGGGGAUAGAGAAGUCAGCAAGCGUGCCAUGGUGGGUAUGAUUAAUGGAGCCUGGUCCCAUUUAUGUGAGCCAACCAUCCGAGAAGUGCCAAAAAUCAGGAACACCUUCGUCUUCAUCUUCAAUCUCAAGGAAGAAUUGGAUCGUGCUUGGGAAGGGAGGCCAUGGCAGGUUUUUGGAAACACUCUCCAACUGAAGCAAUGGGAAGAAUCAAUCCGCCCACAAAAUGUCAACUUUGACUUGGCCGAUUUUUAGAUCCAAGUCCAUGGUAUACUUGACCACAAGGGAACAGUCUCUAAUGUUGAAGCUAUAGUUGCAAUGUUCCCCAAAAUUCAUGGCAUCGACAUGAGGGGUCUGAAUUCAGAUAAGUACAUGGAAUUUGUAAGGGUGUUCAUACAGGCUGAUAUCACCCGUCCCCUUCCCCCUGGCUCUUCCUGUACUACUAACGGAGUCAGAGAGUGGCUUGGAUUCAGAUUUGAAAAGCUUUACAUCCUUUGUUGCUACUGUGGGAGACAAGGGCACGACAAACAGUAAUGUCCAAGGAGGAAACCCGAUAUUGAGCAAGGAGCAGUGGCGGCACCCGAAGGCAGAUUCACCCCAUGGAUGAAAGCCGGGACCAAAACUGCUCGUCCACCCCCUCCUCCCAGAGGAAGAAUCGUCCAUAGCUCACCUGGUGACGCCGAAUCCAACAUUGGAUUCCCGGGAUUCAUCCAAAAUCAGCUCUGGAUUUGAUAAUCGGCUUUAACAUAUUGAAUUCUUAGACUUUAUGUGAUUAUUCGUGGUAUGUUUUAGUCAAUUGGUGCUAUUUUAGGGCUCGCUAACCCGAGAAUGGUUGAAAAACCAUUACUGCCUAGUGCCAUGAGUUUGAUAUGAUACAGGUGGAGAAAGCACGAAAAAGGAGCGAGUGCACAAACAAUAAAUCGGGGUCGAAUUACUGGUGGACUACUCACUUGGGCUCAAGGCCCAGAGGACUUGGCUGGAAUGGGCGGCAUGGAACUGGAUUUGGGCUCUGGGACACUUUUUAGAAGCGGCCGAAGUGAAUUAGUCGGGGGUGGAGGUUUUGGAUUUGGAAGGAGAGUCCAGGGAAGAGAGAAUAAAAAGAAAGGGACAGAGGCAAUUGAAUUCCGGGGGGGGAAUUCUCUUGGAGAAAGGAACGGAAUUAAAGCGAAGGCGACAGGGAGCAGGCGCAGCGGAGAAGCAGCUUGCGCGAGCGAUCGAGUGCAGGGCAGGGAAGAAAAUUUCAGUAUUUGUUUUUCUUUUGCUUUGCUUCGUAACAUGAUGAACAAAAUCCUAUCGAUUUAUCUUAGUUUCAUCAUGAACUAAACCCCAAUUUCUGGGGGAAACACCAUAGGAUGUAGCUAUUUCUUGAUUUGAUGGAUUGAUUUAUGAUUCUUUUCUUCCAAUCUCUAUUGCAUGGAAUUGCUUAAUGCUUUGUGUUGACUGGCCACCAACACAACGAUUUGUAGUUAAUUAGGUUAUUAGCGACAGUGAAAUCCUAUUAACUGAACAUAUUUCAUGUGACAUAGUAACUUAUCGAAGCGACAGUGGAUUAAAUAAGGUGCUAUGCGGUCUUCAAUAGGAUAUCGAUCUUCAGGCUGAAUAAUUAGGUCAUUGAGCUACGACAGUAGGAUUUGAUUUAAUUGUUUAGUACGUAGUAAUUCCCGACAGGGAUAGCUAGCACAUUCGUGAUAUCCUGGCUGUAGAUGUAUGGAUUAAAUUGAUUGGAAUAGGUGAAUUAAUCUGGAUAGGAUAGGUAGUGAAUCCCGGUGUUUCUCCCAGAGCUUUCUCCCAUUGAAUUUUCCUCGACAAGUUUGCUUUGUUUAAUUAGUUUAAUUAUUUUGCUAAUAGUUAAUAAUUUCAUCUCUUAAACAUUUUCACAUAUAGUUUGCUCGAAAGAAUUGAUAAAUCAUAAGGUUGUAC